AUGCAGCCCGGCUGUAGCGGCGGUGGGGGUGGUGAGCAGGACGGCCCGAGCCCACAGAUAGCCACUCAAUAUAUUGUCAAGCAGACCUGGGGUGGAGGAGAGUGGGAGAUCGCACACCUGUGCCUCUCUACCAGCACACCUGUGCCUCUCUACCAGCACACCUGUGCCUCUCUACCAGCACACCUGUGCCUCUCUACCAGCACACCUGUGCCUCUCUACCAGCACACCUGUGCCUCUCUACCAGCACACCUGUGCCUCUCUACCAGCACACCUGUGCCUCUCUACCAGCACACCUGUGCCUCUCUACCAGCACACCUGUGCCUCUCUACCAGCACACCUGUGCCUCUCUACCAGCACACCUGUGCCUCUCUACCAGCACACCUGUGCCUCUCUACCAGCACACCUGUGCCUCUCUACCAGCACACCUGUGCCUCUCUACCAGCACACCUGUGCCUCUCUACCAGCACACCUGUGCCUCUCUACCAGCACACCUGUGCCUCUCUACCAGCACACCUGUGCCUCUCUACCAGCACACCUGUGCCUCUCUACCAGCACACCUGUGCCUCUCUACCAGCACACCUGUGCCUCUCUACCAGCACACCUGUGCCUCUCUACCAGCACACCUGUGCCUCUCUACCAGCACACCUGUGCCUCUCUACCAGCACACCUGUGCCUCUCUACCAGCACACCUGUGCCUCUCUACCAGCACACCUGUGCCUCUCUACCAGCACACCUGUGCCUCUCUACCAGCACACCUGUGCCUCUCUACCAGCACACCUGUGCCUCUCUACCAGCACACCUGUGCCUCUCUACCAGCACACCUGUGCCUCUCUACCAGCACACCUGUGCCUCUCUACCAGCACACCUGUGCCUCUCUACCAGCACACCUGUGCCUCUCUACCAGCACACCUGUGCCUCUCUACCAGCACACCUGUGCCUCUCUACCAGCACACCUGUGCCUCUCUACCAGCACACCUGUGCCUCUCUACCAGCACACCUGUGCCUCUCUACCAGCACACCUGUGCCUCUCUACCAGCACACCUGUGCCUCUCUACCAGCACACCUGUGCCUCUCUACCAGCACACCUGUGCCUCUCUACCAGCACACCUGUGCCUCUCUACCAGCACACCUGUGCCUCUCUACCAGCACACCUGUGCCUCUCUACCAGCACACCUGUGCCUCUCUACCAGCACACCUGUGCCUCUCUACCAGCACACCUGUGCCUCUCUACCAGCACACCUGUGCCUCUCUACCAGCACACCUGUGCCUCUCUACCAGCACACCUGUGCCUCUCUACCAGCACACCUGUGCCUCUCUACCAGCACACCUGUGCCUCUCUACCAGCACACCUGUGCCUCUCUACCAGCCACACCUGUGCCUCUCUACCAGCACACCUGUGCCUCUCUACCAGCACACCUGUGCCUCUCUACCAGCACACCUGUGCCUCUCUACCAGCACACCUGUGCCUCUCUACCAGCACACCUGUGCCUCUCUACCAGCACACCUGUGCCUCUCUACCAGCACACCUGUGCCUCUCUACCAGCACACCUGUGCCUCUCUACCAGCACACCUGUGCCUCUCUACCAGCACACCUGUGCCUCUCUACCAGCACACCUGUGCCUCUCUACCAGCACACCUGUGCCUCUCUACCAGCACACCUGUGCCUCUCUACCAGCACACCUGUGCCUCUCUACCAGCACACCUGUGCCUCUCUACCAGCACACCUGUGCCUCUCUACCAGCACACCUGUGCCUCUCUACCAGCACACCUGUGCCUCUCUACCAGCACACCUGUGCCUCUCUACCAGCACACCUGUGCCUCUCUACCAGCACACCUGUGCCUCUCUACCAGCACACCUGUGCCUCUCUACCAGCACACCUGUGCCUCUCUACCAGCACACCUGUGCCUCUCUACCAGCACACCUGUGCCUCUCUACCAGCACACCUGUGCCUCUCUACCAGCACACCUGUGCCUCUCUACCAGCACACCUGUGCCUCUCUACCAGCACACCUGUGCCUCUCUACCAGCACACCUGUGCCUCUCUACCAGCACACCUGUGCCUCUCUACCAGCACACCUGUGCCUCUCUACCAGCACACCUGUGCCUCUCUACCAGCACACACCUGUGCCUCUCUACCAGCACACCUGUGCCUCUCUACCAGCACACCUGUGCCUCUCUACCAGCACACCUGUGCCUCUCUACCAGCACACCUGUGCCUCUCUACCAGCACACCUGUGCCUCUCUACCAGCACACCUGUGCCUCUCUACCAGCACACCUGUGCCUCUCUACCAGCACACCUGUGCCUCUCUACCAGCACACCUGUGCCUCUCUACCAGCACACCUGUGCCUCUCUACCAGCACACCUGUGCCUCUCUACCAGCACACCUGUGCCUCUCUACCAGCACACCUGUGCCUCUCUACCAGCACACCUGUGCCUCUCUACCAGCACACCUGUGCCUCUCUACCAGCACACCUGUGCCUCUCUACCAGCACACCUGUGCCUCUCUACCAGCACACCUGUGCCUCUCUACCAGCACACCUGUGCCUCUCUACCAGCACACCUGUGCCUCUCUACCAGCACACCUGUGCCUCUCUACCAGCACACCUGUGCCUCUCUACCAGCACACCUGUGCCUCUCUACCAGCACACCUGUGCCUCUCUACAGCACACCUGUGCCUCUCUACCAGCACACCUGUGCCUCUCUACCAGCACACCUGUGCCUCUCUACCAGCACACCUGUGCCUCUCUACCAGCACACCUGUGCCUCUCUACCCAACCUGUGCCUCUCUACCCGCACACCUGUGCCUCUCUACCAGCACACCUGUGCCUCUCUACCAGCACACCUGUGCCUCUCUACCAGCACACCUGUGCCUCUCUACCAGCACCACCUGUGCCUCUCUACCAGCACACCUGUGCCUCUCUACCAGCACACCUGUGCCUCUCUACCAGCACACCUGUGCCUCUCUACCAGCACACCUGUGCCUCUCUACCAGCACACCUGUGCCUCUCUACCAGCACACCUGUGCCUCUCUACCAGCACACCUGUGCCUCUCUACCAGCACACCUGUGCCUCUCUACCAGCACACCUGUGCCUCUCUACCAGCACACCUGUGCCUCUCUACCAGCACACCUGUGCCUCUCUACCAGCACACCUGCUGUGCCUCUCUACCAGCACACCUGUGCCUCUCUACCAGCACACCUGUGCCUCUCUACCAGCACACCUGUGCCUCUCUACCAGCACACCUGUGCCUCUCUACCAGCACACCUGUGCCUCUCUACCAGCACACCUGUGCCUCUCUACCAGCACACCUGUGCCUCUCUACCAGCACACCUGUGCCUCUCUACCAGCACACCUGUGCCUCUCUACCAGCACACCUGUGCCUCUCUACCAGCACACCUGUGCCUCUCUACCAGCACACCUGUGCCUCUCUACCAGCACACCUGACCUGUGCCUCUCUACCAGCACACCUGUGCCUCUCUACCAGCACACCUGUGCCUCUCUACCAGCACACCUGUGCCUCUCUACCAGCACACCUGUGCCUCUCUACCAGCACACCUGUGCCUCUCUACCAGCACACCUGUGCCUCUCUACCAGCACACCUGUGCCUCUCUACCAGCACACCUGUGCCUCUCUACCAGCACACCUGUGCCUCUCUACCAGCACACCUGUGCCUCUCUACCAGCACACCUGUGCCUCUCUACCAGCACACCUGUGCCUCUCUACCAGCACACCUGUGCCUCUCUACCAGCACACCUGUGCCUCUCUACCAGCACACCUGUGCCUCUCUACCAGCACACCUGUGCCUCUCUACCAGCACACCUGUGCCUCUCUACCAGCACACCUGUGCCUCUCUACCAGCACACCUGUGCCUCUCUACCAGCACACCUGUGCCUCUCUACCAGCACACCUGUGCCUCUCUACCAGCACACCUGUGCCUCUCUACCAGCACACCUGUGCCUCUCUACCAGCACACCUGUGCCUCUCUACCAGCACACCUGUGCCUCUCUACCAAGCACACCUGUGCCUCUCUACCAGCACACCUGUGCCUCUCUACCAGCACACCUGUGCCUCUCUACCAGCACACCUGUGCCUCUCUACCAGCACACCUGUGCCUCUCUACCAGCACACCUGUGCCUCUCUACCAGCACACCUGUGCCUCUCUACCAGCACACCUGUGCCUCUCUACCAGCACACCUGUGCCUCUCUACCAGCACACCUGUGCCUCUCUACCAGCACACCUGUGCCUCUCUACCAGCACACCUGUGCCUCUCUACCAGCACACCUGUGCCUCUCUACCAGCACACCUGUGCCUCUCUACCAGCACACCUGUGCCUCUCUACCAGCACACCUGUGCCUCUCUACCAGCACACCUGUGCCUCUCUACCAGCACACCUGUGCCUCUCUACCAGCACACCUGUGCCUCUCUACCAGCACACCUGUGCCUCUCUACCAGCACACCUGUGCCUCUCUACCAACACACCUGUGCCUCUCUACCAGCACACCUGUGCCUCUCUACCAACACACCUGUGCCUCUCUACCAGCACACCUGUGCCUCUCUACCAGCACACCUGUGCCUCUCUACCAGCACACCUGUGCCUCUCUACCAGCACACCUGUGCCUCUCUACCAGCACACCUGUGCCUCUCUACCAGCACACCUGUGCCUCUCUACCAGCACACCUGUGCCUCUCUACCAGCACACCUGUGCCUCUCUACCAGCACACCUGUGCCUCUCUACCAGCACACCUGUGCCUCUCUACCAGCACACCUGUGCCUCUCUACCAGCACACCUGUGCCUCUCUACCAGCACACCUGUGCCUCUCUACCAGCACACCUGUGCCUCUCUACCAGCACACCUGUGCCUCUCUACCAGCACACCUGUGCCUCUCUACCAGCACACCUGUGCCUCUCUACCAGCACACCUGUGCCUCUCUACCAGCACACCUGUGCCUCUCUACCAGCACACCUGUGCCUCUCUACCAGCACACCUGUGCCUCUCUACCAGCACACCUGUGCCUCUCUACCAGCACACCUGUGCCUCUCUACCAGCACACCUGUGCCUCUCUACCAGCACACCUGUGCCUCUCUACCAGCACACCUGUGCCUCUCUACCAGCACACCUGUGCCUCUCUACCAGCACACCUGUGCCUCUCUACCAGCACACCUGUGCCUCUCUACCAGCACACCUGUGCCUCUCUACCAGCACACCUGUGCCUCUCUACCAGCACACCUGUGCCUCUCUACCAGCACACCUGUGCCUCUCUACCAGCACACCUGUGCCUCUCUACCAGCACACCUGUGCCUCUCUACCAAGCACACCUGUGCCUCUCUACCAGCACACCUGUGCCUCUCUACCAGCACACCUGUGCCUCUCUACCAGCACACCUGUGCCUCUCUACCAGCACACCUGUGCCUCUCUACCAGCACACCUGUGCCUCUCUACCAGCACACCUGUGCCUCUCUACCAACACACCUGUGCCUCUCUACCAGCACACCUGUGCCUCUCUACCAGCACACCUGUGCCUCUCUACCAGCACACCUGUGCCUCUCUACCAGCACACCUGUGCCUCUCUACCAGCACACCUGUGCCUCUCUACCAGCACACCUGUGCCUCUCUACCAGCACACCUGUGCCUCUCUACCAGCACACCUGUGCCUCUCUACCAGCACACCUGUGCCUCUCUACCAGCACACCUGUGCCUCUCUACCAGCACACCUGUGCCUCUCUACCAGCACACCUGUGCCUCUCUACCAGCACACCUGUGCCUCUCUACCAAGCACACCUGUGCCUCUCUACCAGCACACCUGUGCCUCUCUACCAGCACACCUGUGCCUCUCUACCAGCACACCUGUGCCUCUCUACCAGCACACCUGUGCCUCUCUACCAGCACACCUGUGCCUCUCUACCAGCACACCUGUGCCUCUCUACCAGCACACCUGUGCCUCUCUACCAGCACACCUGUGCCUCUCUACCAGCACACCUGUGCCUCUCUACCAGCACACCUGUGCCUCUCUACCAGCACACCUGUGCCUCUCUACCAGCACACCUGUGCCUCUCUACCAGCACACCUGUGCCUCUCUACCAGCACACCUGUGCCUCUCUACCAGCACACCUGUGCCUCUCUACCAGCACACCUGUGCCUCUCUACCAGCACACCUGUGCCUCUCUACCAGCACACCUGUGCCUCUCUACCAGCACACCUGUGCCUCUCUACCAGCACACCUGUGCCUCUCUACCAGCACACCUGUGCCUCUCUACCAGCACACCUGUGCCUCUCUACCAGCACACCUGUGCCUCUCUACCAGCACACCUGUGCCUCUCUACCAGCACACCUGUGCCUCUCUACCAGCACACCUGUGCCUCUCUACCAGCACACCUGUGCCUCUCUACCAGCACACCUGUGCCUCUCUACCAGCACACCUGUGCCUCUCUACCAGCACACCUGUGCCUCUCUACCAGCACACCUGUGCCUCUCUACCAGCACACCUGUGCCUCUCUACCAACACACCUGUGCCUCUCUACCAGCACACCUGUGCCUCUCUACCAGCACACCUGUGCCUCUCUACCAGCACACCUGUGCCUCUCUACCAGCACACCUGUGCCUCUCUACCAGCACACCUGUGCCUCUCUACCAACACACCUGUGCCUCUCUACCAGCACACCUGUGCCUCUCUACCAGCACACCUGUGCCUCUCUACCAGCACACCUGUGCCUCUCUACCAGCACACCUGUGCCUCUCUACCAGCACACCUGUGCCUCUCUACCAGCACACCUGUGCCUCUCUACCAGCACACCUGUGCCUCUCUACCAGCACACCUGUGCCUCUCUACCAGCACACCUGUGCCUCUCUACCAGCACACCUGUGCCUCUCUACCACACACCUGUGCCUCUACCAGCACACCUGUGCCUCUCUACCAAGCACACCUGUGCCUCUCUACCAGCACACCUGUGCCUCUCUACCAGCACACCUGUGCCUCUCUACCAGCACACCUGUGCCUCUCUACCAGCACACCUGUGCCUCUCUACCAGCACACCUGUGCCUCUCUACCAGCACACCUGUGCCUCUCUACCAGCACACCUGUGCCUCUCUACCAGCACACCUGUGCCUCUCUACCAGCACACCUGUGCCUCUCUACCAGCACACCUGUGCCUCUCUACCAGCACACCUGUGCCUCUCUACCAGCACACCUGUGCCUCUCUACCAACACACCUGUGCCUCUCUACCAGCACACCUGUGCCUCUCUACCAGCACACCUGUGCCUCUCUACCAGCACACCUGUGCCUCUCUACCAGCACACCUGUGCCUCUCUACCAGCACACCUGUGCCUCUCUACCAGCACACCUGUGCCUCUCUACCAGCACACCUGUGCCUCUCUACCAGCACACCUGUGCCUCUCUACCAACACACCUGUGCCUCUCUACCAGCACACCUGUGCCUCUCUACCAGACACACCUCACACCUGUGCCUCUCUACCAGCACACCUGUGCCUCUCUACCAGCACACCUGUGCCUCUCUACCAGCACACCUGUGCCUCUCUACCAGCACACCUGUGCCUCUCUACCAGCACACCUGUGCCUCUCUACCAGCACACCUGUGCCUCUCUACCAGCACACCUGUGCCUCUCUACCAGCACACCUGUGGCCUCUCUACCAGCACACCUGUGCCUCUCUACCAGCACACCUGUGCCUCUCUACCAGCACACCUGUGCCUCUCUACCAGCACACCUGUGCCUCUCUACCAGCACACCUGUGCCUCUCUACCAGCACACCUGUGCCUCUCUACCAGCACACCUGUGCCUCUCUACCAGCACACCUGUGCCUCUCUACCAGCACACCUGUGCCUCUCUACCAGCACACCUGUGCCUCUCUACCAGCACACCUGUGCCUCUCUACCAGCACACCUGUGCCUCUCUACCAGCACACCUGUGCCUCUCUACCAGCACACCUGUGCCUCUCUACCAGCCACACCUGUUGCCUCUCUACCAGCACACCUGUGCCUCUCUACCAGCACACCUGUGCCUCUCUACCAAGCACACCUGUGCCUCUCUACCAACACACCUGUGCCUCUCUACCAGCACACCUGUGCCUCUCUACCAGCACACCUGUGCCUCUCUACCAGCACACCUGUGCCUCUCUACCAGCACACCUGUGCCUCUCUACCAGCACACCUGUGCCUCUCUACCAGCACACCUGUGCCUCUCUACCAGCACACCUGUGCCUCUCUACCAGCACACCUGUGCCUCUCUACCAGCACACCUGUGCCUCUCUACCAGCACACCUGUGCCUCUCUACCAGCACACCUGUGCCUCUCUACCAGCACACCUGUGCCUCUCUACCAAGCACACCUGUGCCUCUCUACCAGCACACCUGUGCCUCUCUACCAGCACACCUGUGCCUCUCUACCAGCACACCUGUGCCUCUCUACCAGCACACCUGUGCCUCUCUACCAGCACACCUGUGCCUCUCUACCAGCACACCUGUGCCUCUCUACCAGCACACCUGUGCCUCUCUACCAGCACACCUGUGCCUCUCUACCAGCACACCUGUGCCUCUCUACCAGCACACCUGUGCCUCUCUACCAGCACACCUGUGCCUCUCUACCAGCACACCUGUGCCUCUCUACCAGCACACCUGUGCCUCUCUACCAGCACACCUGUGCCUCUCUACCAGCACACCUGUGCCUCUCUACCAGCACACCUGUGCCUCUCUACCAGCACACCUGUGCCUCUCUACCAGCACACCUGUGCCUCUCUACCAGCACACCUGUGCCUCUCUACCAGCACACCUGUGCCUCUCUACCAGCACACCUGUGCCUCUCUACCAGCACACCUGUGCCUCUCUACCAGCACACCUGUGCCUCUCUACCAGCACACCUGUGCCUCUCUACCAGCACACCUGUGCCUCUCUACCAGCACACCUGUGCCUCUCUACCAGCACACCUGUGCCUCUCUACCAACACACCUGUGCCUCUCUACCAGCACACCUGUGCCUCUCUACCAACACACCUGUGCCUCUCUACCAGCACACCUGUGCCUCUCUACCAGCACACCUGUGCCUCUCUACCAGCACACCUGUGCCUCUCUACCAGCACACCUGUGCCUCUCUACCAGCACACCUGUGCCUCUCUACCAGCACACCUGUGCCUCUCUACCAGCACACCUGUGCCUCUCUACCAGCACACCUGUGCCUCUCUACCAGCACACCUGUGCCUCUCUACCAGCACACCUGUGCCUCUCUACCAACACACCUGUGCCUCUCUACCAGCACACCUGUGCCUCUCUACCAGCACACCUGUGCCUCUCUACCAGCACACCUGUGCCUCUCUACCAGCACACCUGUGCCUCUCUACCAGCACACCUGUGCCUCUCUACCAGCACACCUGUGCCUCUCUACCAGCACACCUGUGCCUCUCUACCAGCACACCUGUGCCUCUCUACCAGCACACCUGUGCCUCUCUACCAGCACACCUGUGCCUCUCUACCAGCACACCUGUGCCUCUCUACCAGCACACCUGUGCCUCUCUACCAGCACACCUGUGCCUCUCUACCAGCACACCUGUGCCUCUCUACCAGCACACCUGUGCCUCUCUACCAGCACACCUGUGCCUCUCUACCAGCACACCUGUGCCUCUCUACCAGCACACCUGUGCCUCUCUACCAGCACACCUGUGCCUCUCUACCAGCACACCUGUGCCUCUCUACCAGCACACCUGUGCCUCUCUACCAGCACACCUGUGCCUCUCUACCAACACACCUGUGCCUCUCUACCAGCACACCUGUGCCUCUCUACCAGCACACCUGUGCCUCUCUACCAGCACACCUGUGCCUCUCUACCAGCACACCUGUGCCUCUCUACCAGCACACCUGUGCCUCUCUACCAGCACACCUGUGCCUCUCUACCAGCACACCUGUGCCUCUCUACCAGCACACCUGUGCCUCUCUACCAGCACACCUGUGCCUCUCUACCAGCACACCUGUGCCUCUCUACCAGCACACCUGUGCCUCUCUACCAGCACACCUGUGCCUCUCUACCAGCACACCUGUGCCUCUCUACCAGCACACCUGUGCCUCUCUACCAGCACACCUGUGCCUCUCUACCAGCACACCUGUGCCUCUCUACCAGCACACCUGUGCCUCUCUAACCAGCACACCUGUGCCUCUCUACCAGCACACCUGUGCCUCUCUACCAGCACACCUGUGCCUCUCUACCAGCACACCUGUGCCUCUCUACCAGCACACCUGUGCCUCUCUACCGCACACCUGUGCCUCUCUACCAGCACACCUGUGCCUCUCUACCAGCACACCUGUGCCUCUCUACCAGCACACCUGUGCCUCUCUACCAGCACACCUGUGCCUCUCUACCAGCACACCUGUGCCUCUCUACCAGCACACCUGUGCCUCUCUACCAGCACACCUGUGCCUCUCUACCAGCACACCUGUGCCUCUCUACCAGCACACCUGUGCCUCUCUACCAGCACACCUGUGCCUCUCUACCAGCACACCUGUGCCUCUCUACAAGCACACCUGUGCCUCUCUACCAGCACACCUGUGCCUCUCUACCAGCACACCUGUGCCUCUCUACCAGCACACCUGUGCCUCUCUACCAGCACACCUGUGCCUCUCUACCAGCACACCUGUGCCUCUCUACCAGCACACCUGUGCCUCUCUACCAGCACACCUGUGCCUCUCUACCAACACACCUGUGCCUCUCUACCAGCACACCUGUGCCUCUCUACCAGCACACCUGUGCCUCUCUACCAGCACACCUGUGCCUCUCUACCAGCACACCUGUGCCUCUCUACCAGCACACCUGUGCCUCUCUACCAGCACACCUGUGCCUCUCUACCAGCACACCUGUGCCUCUCUACCAGCACACCUGUGCCUCUCUACCAGCACACCUGUGCCUCUCUACCAACACACCUGUGCCUCUCUACCAGCACACCUGUGCCUCUCUACCAACACACCUGUGCCUCUCUACCAGCACACCUGUGCCUCUCUACCAGCACACCUGUGCCUCUCUACCAGCACACCUGUGCCUCUCUACCAGCACACCUGUGCCUCUCUACCAGCACACCUGUGCCUCUCUACCAGCACACCUGUGCCUCUCUACCAGCACACCUGUGCCUCUCUACCAGCACACCUGUGCCUCUCUACCAGCACACCUGUGCCUCUCUACCAGCACACCUGUGCCUCUCUACCAGCACAACCUGUGCCUCUCUACCAGCACACCUGUGCCUCUCUACCAGCACACCUGUGCCUCUCUACCAGCACACCUGUGCCUCUCUACCAGCACACCUGUGCCUCUCUACCAGCACACCUGUGCCUCUCUACCAGCACACCUGUGCCUCUCUACCAACACACCUGUGCCUCUCUACCAGCACACCUGUGCCUCUCUACCAACACACCUGUGCCUCUCUACCAGCACACCUGUGCCUCUCUACCAGCACACCUGUGCCUCUCUACCAGCACACCUGUGCCUCUCUACCAACACACCUGUGCCUCUCUACCAGCACACCUGUGCCUCUCUACCAGCACACCUGUGCCUCUCUACCAGCACACCUGUGCCUCUCUACCAGCACACCUGUGCCUCUCUACCAGCACACCUGUGCCUCUCUACCAGCACACCUGUGCCUCUCUACCAGCACACCUGUGCCUCUCUACCAGCACACCUGUGCCUCUCUACCAGCACACCUGUGCCUCUCUACCAGCACACCUGUGCCUCUCUACCAGCACACCUGUGCCUCUCUACCAGCACACCUGUGCCUCUCUACCAACACACCUGUGCCUCUCUACCAGCACACCUGUGCCUCUCUACCAGCACACCUGUGCCUCUCUACCAGCACACCUGUGCCUCUCUACCAGCACACCUGUGCCUCUCUACCAGCACACCUGUGCCUCUCUACCACACACCUGUGCCUCUCUACCAGCACACCUGUGCCUCUCUACCAAGCACACCUGUGCCUCUCUACCAGCACACCUGUGCCUCUCUACCAGCACACCUGUGCCUCUCUACCAGCACACCUGUGCCUCUCUACCAGCACACCUGUGCCUCUCUACCAAGCACACCUGUGCCUCUCUACCAGCACACCUGUGCCUCUCUACCAGCACACCUGUGCCUCUCUACCAGCACACCUGUGCCUCUCUACCAGCACACCUGUGCCUCUCUACCAGCACACCUGUGCCUCUCUACCAGCACACCUGUGCCUCUCUACCAGCACACCUGUGCCUCUCUACCAGCACACCUGUGCCUCUCUACCAGCACACCUGUGCCUCUCUACCAACACACCUGUGCCUCUCUACCAGCACACCUGUGCCUCUCUACCAGCACACCUGUGCCUCUCUACCAGCACACCUGUGCCUCUCUACCAGCACACCUGUGCCUCUCUACCAGCACACCUGUGCCUCUCUACCAGCACACCUGUGCCUCUCUACCAGCACACCUGUGCCUCUCUACCAGCACACCUGUGCCUCUCUACCAGCACACCUGUGCCUCUCUACCAGCACACCUGUGCCUCUCUACCAGCACACCUGUGCCUCUCUACCAGCACACCUGUGCCUCUCUACCAGCACACCUGUGCCUCUCUACCAGCACACCUGUGCCUCUCUACCAGCACACCUGUGCCUCUCUACCAGCACACCUGUGCCUCUCUACCAGCACACCUGUGCCUCUCUACCAGCACACCUGUGCCUCUCUACCAGCACACCUGUGCCUCUCUACCAGCACACCUGUGCCUCUCUACCAGCACAACCUGUGCCUCUCUACCAGCACACCUGUGCCUCUCUACCAGCACACCUGUGCCUCUCUACCAGCACACCUGUGCCUCUCUACCAGCACACCUGUGCCUCUCUACCAGCACACCUGUGCCUCUCUACCAGCACACCUGUGCCUCUCUACCAGCACACCUGUGCCUCUCUACCAGCACACCUGUGCCUCUCUACCAGCACACCUGUGCCUCUCUACCAGCACACCUGUGCCUCUCUACCAGCACACCUGUGCCUCUCUACCAGCACACCUGUGCCUCUCUACCAGCACACCUGUGCCUCUCUACCAGCACACCUGUGCCUCUCUACCAGCACACCUGUGCCUCUCUACCAGCACACCUGUGCCUCUCUACCAGCACACCUGUGCCUCUCUACCAGCACACCUGUGCCUCUCUACCAGCACACCUGUGCCUCUCUACCAGCACACCUGUGCCUCUCUACCAGCACACCUGUGCCUCUCUACCAGCACACCUGUGCCUCUCUACCAAGCACACCUGUGCCUCUCUACCAGCACACCUGUGCCUCUCUACCAGCACACCUGUGCCUCUCUACCAGCACACCUGUGCCUCUCUACCAGCACACCUGUGCCUCUCUACCAGCACACCUGUGCCUCUCUACCAGCACACCUGUGCCUCUCUACCAGCACACCUGUGCCUCUCUACCAGCACACCUGUGCCUCUCUACCAGCACACCUGUGCCUCUCUACCAGCACACCUGUGCCUCUCUACCAGCACACCUGUGCCUCUCUACCAGCACACCUGUGCCUCUCUACCAGCACACCUGUGCCUCUCUACCAGCACACCUGUGCCUCUCUACCAGCACACCUGUGCCUCUCUACCAGCACACCUGUGCCUCUCUACAGCACACCUGUGCCUCUCUACCAGCACACCUGUGCCUCUCUACCAGCACACCUGUGCCUCUCUACAGCACACCUGUGCCUCUCUACCAGCACACCUGUGCCUCUCUACCAGCACACCUGUGCCUCUCUACCAGCACACCUGUGCCUCUCUACCAGCACACCUGUGCCUCUCUACCAGCACACCUGUGCCUCUCUACCAGCACACCUGUGCCUCUCUACCAGCACACCUGUGCCUCUCUACCAGCACACCUGUGCCUCUCUACCAGCACACCUGUGCCUCUCUACCAGCACACCUGUGCCUCUCUACCAGCACACCUGUGCCUCUCUACCACACACCUGUGCCUCUCUACCAGCACACCUGUGCCUCUCUACCAGCACACCUGUGCCUCUCUACCAGCACACCUGUGCCUCUCUACCAACACACCUGUGCCUCUCUACCAGCACACCUGUGCCUCUCUACCAACACACCUGUGCCUCUCUACCAGCACACCUGUGGCCUCUCUACCAGCACACCUGUGCCUCUCUACCAGCACACCUGUGCCUCUCUACCAACACACCUGUGCCUCUCUACCAGCACACCUGUGCCUCUCUACCAGCACACCUGUGCCUCUCUACCAGCACACCUGUGCCUCUCUACCAGCACACCUGUGCCUCUCUACCAGCACACCUGUGCCUCUCUACCAGCACACCUGUGCCUCUCUACCAGCACACCUGUGCCUCUCUACCAGCACACCUGUGCCUCUCUACCAGCACACCUGUGCCUCUCUACCAGCACACCUGUGCCUCUCUACCAGCACACCUGUGCCUCUCUACCAGCACACCUGUGCCUCUCUACCAGCACACCUGUGCCUCUCUACCAACACACCUGUGCCUCUCUACCAGCACACCUGUGCCUCUCUACCAGCACACCUGUGCCUCUCUACCAGCACACCUGUGCCUCUCUACCAGCACACCUGUGCCUCUCUACCAGCACACCUGUGCCUCUCUACCAACACACCUGUGCCUCUCUACCAGCACACCUGUGCCUCUCUACCAGCACACCUGUGCCUCUCUACCAGCACACCUGUGCCUCUCUACCAGCACACCUGUGCCUCUCUACCAGCACACCUGUGCCUCUCUACCAGCACACCUGUGCCUCUCUACCAGCACACCUGUGCCUCUCUACCAGCACACCUGUGCCUCUCUACCAGCACACCUGUGCCUCUCUACCAACACACCUGUGCCUCUCUACCAGCACACCUGUGCCUCUCUACCAACACACCUGUGCCUCUCUACCAGCACACCUGUGCCUCUCUACCAGCACACCUGUGCCUCUCUACCAGCACACCUGUGCCUCUCUACCAGCACACCUGUGCCUCUCUACCAGCACACCUGUGCCUCUCUACCAGCACACCUGUGCCUCUCUACCAGCACACCUGUGCCUCUCUACCAGCACACCUGUGCCUCUCUACCAGCACACCUGUGCCUCUCUACCAACACACCUGUGCCUCUCUACCAGCACACCUGUGCCUCUCUACCAGCACACCUGUGCCUCUCUACCAGCACACCUGUGCCUCUCUACCAGCACACCUGUGCCUCUCUACCAGCACACCUGUGCCUCUCUACCAGCACACCUGUGCCUCUCUACCAGCACACCUGUGCCUCUCUACCAGCACACCUGUGCCUCUCUACCAACACACCUGUGCCUCUCUACCAGCACACCUGUGCCUCUCUACCAACACACCUGUGCCUCUCUACCAGCACACCUGUGCCUCUCUACCAGCACACCUGUGCCUCUCUACCAACACACCUGUGCCUCUCUACCAGCACACCUGUGCCUCUCUACCAGCACACCUGUGCCUCUCUACCAGCACACCUGUGCCUCUCUACCAGCACACCUGUGCCUCUCUACCAGCACACCUGUGCCUCUCUACCAGCACACCUGUGCCUCUCUACCAGCACACCUGUGCCUCUCUACCAGCACACCUGUGCCUCUCUACCAGCACACCUGUGCCUCUCUACCAGCACACCUGUGCCUCUCUACCAGCACACCUGUGCCUCUCUACCAGCACACCUGUGCCUCUCUACCAACACACCUGUGCCUCUCUACCAGCACACCUGUGCCUCUCUACCAACACACCUGUGCCUCUCUACCAGCACACCUGUGCCUCUCUACCAGCACACCUGUGCCUCUCUACCAGCACACCUGUGCCUCUCUACCAGCACACCUGUGCCUCUCUACCAGCACACCUGUGCCUCUCUACCAACACACCUGUGCCUCUCUACCAGCACACCUGUGCCUCUCUACCAGCACACCUGUGCCUCUCUACCAGCACACCUGUGCCUCUCUACCAGCACACCUGUGCCUCUCUACCAGCACACCUGUGCCUCUCUACCAGCACACCUGUGCCUCUCUACCAGCACACCUGUGCCUCUCUACCAGCACACCUGUGCCUCUCUACCAGCACACCUGUGCCUCUCUACCAACACACCUGUGCCUCUCUACCAGCACACCUGUGCCUCUCUACCAACACACCUGUGCCUCUCUACCAGCACACCUGUGCCUCUCUACCAGCACACCUGUGCCUCUCUACCAGCACACCUGUGCCUCUCUACCAGCACACCUGUGCCUCUCUACCAGCACACCUGUGCCUCUCUACCAGCACACCUGUGCCUCUCUACCAGCACACCUGUGCCUCUCUACCAGCACACCUGUGCCUCUCUACCAGCACACCUGUGCCUCUACUACCAGCACCACCUGUGCCCUCUCUACCAGCACACCUGUGCCUCUCUACCAGCACACCUGUGCCUCUCUACCAGCACACCUGUGCCUCUCUACCAAGCACACCUGUGCCUCUCUACCAGCACACCUGUGCCUCUCUACCAGCACACCUGUGCCUCUCUACCAGCACACCUGUGCCUCUCUACCAGCACACCUGUGCCUCUCUACCAGCACACCUGUGCCUCUCUACCAGCACACCUGUGCCUCUCUACCAGCACACCUGUGCCUCUCUACCAGCACACCUGUGCCUCUCUACCAGCACACCUGUGCCUCUCUACCAGCACACCUGUGCCUCUCUACCAGCACACCUGUGCCUCUCUACCACACACCUGUGCCUCUCUACCAGCACACCUGUGCCUCUCUACCAGCACACCUGUGCCUCUCUACCAGCACACCUGUGCCUCUCUACCAGCACACCUGUGCCUCUCUACCAGCACACCUGUGCCUCUCUACCAGCACACCUGUGCCUCUCUACCAGCACACCUGUGCCUCUCUACCAGCACACCUGUGCCUCUCUACCAGCACACCUGUGCCUCUCUACCAGCACACCUGUGCCUCUCUACCAGCACACCUGUGCCUCUCUACCAACACACCUGUGCCUCUCUACCAGCACACCUGUGCCUCUCUACCAGCACACCUGUGCCUCUCUACCAGCACACCUGUGCCUCUCUACCAGCACACCUGUGCCUCUCUACCAGCACACCUGUGCCUCUCUACCAGCACACCUGUGCCUCUCUACCAGCACACCUGUGCCUCUCUACCAGCACACCUGUGCCUCUCUACCAGCACACCUGUGCCUCUCUACCAGCACACCUGUGCCUCUCUACCAGCACACCUGUGCCUCUCUACCAGCACACCUGUGCCUCUCUACCAGCACACCUGUGCCUCUCUACCAACACACCUGUGCCUCUCUACCAGCACACCUGUGCCUCUCUACCAACACACCUGUGCCUCUCUACCAGCACACCUGUGCCUCUCUACCAGCACACCUGUGCCUCUCUACCAGCACACCUGUGCCUCUCUACCAGCACACCUGUGCCUCUCUACCAGCACACCUGUGCCUCUCUACCAACACACCUGUGCCUCUCUACCAGCACACCUGUGCCUCUCUACCAGCACACCUGUGCCUCUCUACCAGCACACCUGUGCCUCUCUACCAGCACACCUGUGCCUCUCUACCAACACACCUGUGCCUCUCUACCAACACACCUGUGCCUCUCUACCAGCACACCUGUGCCUCUCUACCAGCACACCUGUGCCUCUCUACCAGCACACCUGUGCCUCUCUACCAGCACACCUGUGCCUCUCUACCAGCACACCUGUGCCUCUCUACCAACACACCUGUGCCUCUCUACCAGCACACCUGUGCCUCUCUACCAGCACACCUGUGCCUCUCUACCAGCACACCUGUGCCUCUCUACCAGCACACCUGUGCCUCUCUACCAGCACACCUGUGCCUCUCUACCAGCACACCUGUGCCUCUCUACCAGCACACCUGUGCCUCUCUACCAACACACCUGUGCCUCUCUACCAGCACACCUGUGCCUCUCUACCAAGCACACCUGUGCCUCUCUACCAGCACACCUGUGCCUCUCUACCAGCACACCUGUGCCUCUCUACCAGCACACCUGUGCCUCUCUACCAGCACACCUGUGCCUCUCUACCAACACACCUGUGCCUCUCUACCAGCACACCUGUGCCUCUCUACCAACACACCUGUGCCUCUCUACCAGCACACCUGUGCCUCUCUACCAGCACACCUGUGCCUCUCUACCAACACACCUGUGCCUCUCUACCAACACACCUGUGCCUCUCUACCAGCACACCUGUGCCUCUCUACCAGCACACCUGUGCCUCUCUACCAGCACACCUGUGCCUCUCUACCAGCACACCUGUGCCUCUCUACCAGCACACCUGUGCCUCUCUACCAGCACACCUGUGCCUCUCUACCAGCACACCUGUGCCUCUCUACCAGCACACCUGUGCCUCUCUACCAGCACACCUGUGCCUCUCUACCAGCACACCUGUGCCUCUCUACCAACACACCUGUGCCUCUCUACCAGCACACCUGUGCCUCUCUACCAGCACACCUGUGCCUCUCUACCAGCACACCUGUGCCUCUCUACCAGCACACCUGUGCCUCUCUACCAGCACACCUGUGCCUCUCUACCAACACACCUGUGCCUCUCUACCAGCACACCUGUGCCUCUCUACCAGCACACCUGUGCCUCUCUACCAGCACACCUGUGCCUCUCUACCAGCACACCUGUGCCUCUCUACCAGCACACCUGUGCCUCUCUACCAGCACACCUGUGCCUCUCUACCAACACACCUGUGCCUCUCUACCAGCACACCUGUGCCUCUCUACCAACACACCUGUGCCUCUCUACCAACACACCUGUGCCUCUCUACCAGCACACCUGUGCCUCUCUACCAGCACACCUGUGCCUCUCUACCAGCACACCUGUGCCUCUCUACCAGCACACCUGUGCCUCUCUACCAGCACACCUGUGCCUCUCUACCAGCACACCUGUGCCUCUCUACCAGCACACCUGUGCCUCUCUACCAGCACACCUGUGCCUCUCUACCAGCACACCUGUGCCUCUCUACCAGCACACCUGUGCCUCUCUACCAGCACACCUGUGCCUCUCUACCAACACACCUGUGCCUCUCUACCAGCACACCUGUGCCUCUCUACCAGCACACCUGUGCCUCUCUACCAGCACACCUGUGCCUCUCUACCAGCACACCUGUGCCUCUCUACCAGCACACCUGUGCCUCUCUACCAGCACACCUGUGCCUCUCUACCAGCACACCUGUGCCUCUCUACCAGCACACCUGUGCCUCUCUACCAGCACACCUGUGCCUCUCUACCACACACCUGUGCCUCUCUACCAGCACACCUGUGCCUCUCUACCAACACACCUGUGCCUCUCUACCAGCACACCUGUGCCUCUCUACCAGCACACCUGUGCCUCUCUACCAACACACCUGUGCCUCUCUACCAGCACACCUGUGCCUCUCUACCAACACACCUGUGCCUCUCUACCAGCACACCUGUGCCUCUCUACCAGCACACCUGUGCCUCUCUACCAGCACACCUGUGCCUCUCUACCAGCACACCUGUGCCUCUCUACCAGCACACCUGUGCCUCUCUACCAGCACACCUGUGCCUCUCUACCAGCACACCUGUGCCUCUCUACCAGCACACCUGUGCCUCUCUACCAGCACACCUGUGCCUCUCUACCAGCACACCUGUGCCUCUCUACCAACACACCUGUGCCUCUCUACCAGCACACCUGUGCCUCUCUACCAACACACCUGUGCCUCUCUACCAGCACACCUGUGCCUCUCUACCAGCACACCUGUGCCUCUCUACCAGCACACCUGUGCCUCUCUACCAGCACACCUGUGCCUCUCUACCAGCACACCUGUGCCUCUCUACCAACACACCUGUGCCUCUCUACCAGCACACCUGUGCCUCUCUACCAGCACACCUGUGCCUCUCUACCAGCACACCUGUGCCUCUCUACCAGCACACCUGUGCCUCUCUACCAGCACACCUGUGCCUCUCUACCAGCACACCUGUGCCUCUCUACCAGCACACCUGUGCCUCUCUACCAACACACCUGUGCCUCUCUACCAGCACACCUGUGCCUCUCUACCAACACACCUGUGCCUCUCUACCAGCACACCUGUGCCUCUCUACCAGCACACCUGUGCCUCUCUACCAGCACACCUGUGCCUCUCUACCAACACACCUGUGCCUCUCUACCAGCACACCUGUGCCUCUCUACCAACACACCUGUGCCUCUCUACCAGCACACCUGUGCCUCUCUACCAGCACACCUGUGCCUCUCUACCAGCACACCUGUGCCUCUCUACCAACACACCUGUGCCUCUCUACCAGCACACCUGUGCCUCUCUACCAACACACCUGUGCCUCUCUACCAGCACACCUGUGCCUCUCUACCAGCACACCUGUGCCUCUCUACCAGCCACCUGUGCCUCUCUACCAGCACACCUGUGCCUCUCUACCAAGCACACCUGUGCCUCUCUACCAGCACACCUGUGCCUCUCUACCAGCACACCUGUGCCUCUCUACCAGCACACCUGUGCCUCUCUACCAGCACACCUGUGCCUCUCUACCAGCACACCUGUGCCUCUCUACCAGCACACCUGUGCCUCUCUACCAGCACACCUGUGCCUCUCUACCAGCACACCUGUGCCUCUCUACCAACACACCUGUGCCUCUCUACCAGCACACCUGUGCCUCUCUACCAUCACACCUGUGCCUCUCUACCAGCACACCUGUGCCUCUCUACCAGCCACCUGUGCCUCUCUACCAGCACACCUGUGCCUCUCUACCAGCACACCUGUGCCUCUCUACCACACACCUGUGCCUCUCUACCAGCACACCUGUGCCUCUCUACCAACACACCUGUGCCUCUCUACCAGACACACCUGUGCCUCUCUACCAGCACACCUGUGCCUCUCUACCAGCACACCUGUGCCUCUCUACCAGCACACCUGUGCCUCUCUACCAGCACACCUGUACCUCUCUACCAGCACACCUGUGCCUCUCUACCAACACACCUGUGCCUCUCUACCAGCACACCUGUGCCUCUCUACCAGCACACCUGUGCCUCUCUACCAGCACACCUGUGCCUCUCUACCAGCACACCUGUGCCUCUCUACCAGCACACCUGUGCCUCUCUACCAGCACACCUGUGCCUCUCUACCAGCACACCUGUGCCUCUCUACCAGCACACCUGUGCCUCUCUACCAGCACACCUGUGCCUCUCUACCAACACACCUGUGCCUCUCUACCAGCACACCUGUGCCUCUCUACCAACACACCUGUGCCUCUCUACCAACACACCUGUGCCUCUCUACCAGCACACCUGUGCCUCUCUACCAGCACACCUGUGCCUCUCUACCAGCACACCUGUGCCUCUCUACCAGCACACCUGUGCCUCUCUACCAACACACCUGUGCCUCUCUACCAGCACACCUGUGCCUCUCUACCAACACACCUGUGCCUCUCUACCAGCACACCUGUGCCUCUCUACCAGCACACCUGUGCCUCUCUACCAACACACCUGUGCCUCUCUACCAACACACCUGUGCCUCUCUACCAGCACACCUGUGCCUCUCUACCAGCACACCUGUGCCUCUCUACCAGCACACCUGUGCCUCUCUACCAGCACACCUGUGCCUCUCUACCAGCACACCUGUGCCUCUCUACCAGCACACCUGUGCCUCUCUACCAGCACACCUGUGCCUCUCUACCAGCACACCUGUGCCUCUCUACCAGCACACCUGUGCCUCUCUACCAGCACACCUGUGCCUCUCUACCAGCACACCUGUGCCUCUCUACCAGCACACCUGUGCCUCUCUACCAGCACACCUGUGCCUCUCUACCAACACACCUGUGCCUCUCUACCAGCACACCUGUGCCUCUCUACCAGCACACCUGUGCCUCUCUACCAGCACACCUGUGCCUCUCUACCAGCACACCUGUGCCUCUCUACCAGCACACCUGUGCCUCUCUACCAGCACACCUGUGCCUCUCUACCAGCACACCUGUGCCUCUCUACCAGCACACCUGUGCCUCUCUACCAGCACACCUGUGCCUCUCUACCAGCACACCUGUGCCUCUCUACCAGCACACCUGUGCCUCUCUACCAGCACACCUGUGCCUCUCUACCAACACACCUGUGCCUCUCUACCAACACACCUGUGCCUCUCUACCAAGCACACCUGUGCCUCUCUACCAGCACACCUGUGCCUCUCUACCAGCACACCUGGAGUGCCUCUCUACCAGCACACCUGUGCCUCUCUACCAGCACACCUGUGCCUCUCUACCAGCCACACCUGUGCCUCUCUACCAACACACCUGUGCCUCUCUACCAGCACACCUCACACCUGUGCCUCUCUACCAACACACCUGUGCCUCUCUACCAGCACACCUGUGCCUCUCUACCAGCACACCUGUGCCUCUCUACCAGCACACCUGUGCCUCUCUACCAGCACACCUGUGCCUCUCUACCAGCACACCUGUGCCUCUCUACCAGCACACCUGUGCCUCUCUACCAGCACACCUGUGCCUCUCUACCAGCACACCUGUGCCUCUCUACCAGCACACCUGUGCCUCUCUACCAGCACACCUGUGCCUCUCUACCAACACACCUGUGCCUCUCUACCAGCACACCUGUGCCUCUCUACCAACACACCUGUGCCUCUCUACCAGCACACCUGUGCCUCUCUACCAGCACACCUGUGCCUCUCUACCAGCACACCUGUGCCUCUCUACCAGCACACCUGUGCCUCUCUACCAGCACACCUGUGCCUCUCUACCAACACACCUGUGCCUCUCUACCCCACCUGCCUCUCUACCAGCACACCUGUGCCUCUCUACCAACACACCUGUGCCUCUCUACCAGCACACCUGUGCCUCUCUACCAGCACACCUGUGCCUCUCUACCAACACACCUGUGCCUCUCUACCAACACACCUGUGCCUCUCUACCAGCACACCUGUGCCUCUCUACCAGCACACCUGUGCCUCUCUACCAGCACACCUGUGCCUCUCUACCAGCACACCUGUGCCUCUCUACCAGCACACCUGUGCCUCUCUACCAGCACACCUGUGCCUCUCUACCAGCACACCUGUGCCUCUCUACCAACACACCUGUGCCUCUCUACCAGCACACCUGUGCCUCUCUACCAGCACACCUGUGCCUCUCUACCAGCACACCUGUGCCUCUCUACCAACACACCUGUGCCUCUCUACCAGCACACCUGUGCCUCUCUACCAACACACCUGUGCCUCUCUACCAGAACACCUGUGCCUCUCUACCAGCACACCUGUGCCUCUCUACCAGCACACCUGUGCCUCUCUACCAGCACACCUGUGCCUCUCUACCAGCACACCUGUGCCUCUCUACCAGCACACCUGUGCCUCUCUACCAGCACACCUGUGCCUCUCUACCAGCACACCUGUGCCUCUCUACCAGCACACCUGUGCCUCUCUACCAGCACACCUGUGCCUCUCUACCAGCACACCUGUGCCUCUCUACCAGCACACCUGUGCCUCUCUACCAGCACACCUGUGCCUCUCUACCAGCACACCUGUGCCUCUCUACCAGCACACCUGUGCCUCUCUACCAGCACACCUGUGCCUCUCUACCAGCACACCUGUGCCUCUCUACCAGCACACCUGUGCCUCUCUACCAGCACACCUGUGCCUCUCUACCAACACACCUGUGCCUCUCUACCAGCACACCUGUGCCUCUCUACCAACACACCUGUGCCUCUCUACCAGCACACCUGUGCCUCUCUACCAGCACACCUGUGCCUCUCUACCAGCACACCUGUGCCUCUCUACCAACACACCUGUGCCUCUCUACCAGCACACCUGUGCCUCUCUACCAACACACCUGUGCCUCUCUACCAACACACCUGUGCCUCUCUACCAGCACACCUGUGCCUCUCUACCAGCACACCUGUGCCUCUCUACCAGCACACCUGUGCCUCUCUACCAGCACACCUGUGCCUCUCUACCAGCACACCUGUGCCUCUCUACCAGCACACCUGUGCCUCUCUACCAGCACACCUGUGCCUCUCUACCAGCACACCUGUGCCUCUCUACCAGCACACGUGUGCCUCUCUACCAGCACACCUGUGCCUCUCUACCAGCACACCUGUGCCUCUCUACCAGCACACCUGUGCCUCUCUACCAGCACACCUGUGCCUCUCUACCAGCACACCUGUGCCUCUCUACCAGCACACCUGUGCCUCUCUACCAGCACACCUGUGCCUCUCUACCAGCACACCUGUGCCUCUCUACCAGCACACCUGUGCCUCUCUACCAGCACACCUGUUCCUCUCUACCAGCACACCUGUGCCUCUCUACCAGCACACCUGUGCCUCUCUACCAGCACACCUGUGCCUCUCUACCAGCACACCUGUGCCUCUCUACCAGCACACCUGUGCCUCUCUACCAGCACACCUGUGCCUCUCUACCAGCACACCUGUGCCUCUCUACCAGCACACCUGUGCCUCUCUACCAGCACACCUGUGCCUCUCUACCAGCACACCUGUGCCUCUCUACCAACACACCUGUGCCUCUCUACCAGCACACCUGUGCCUCUCUACCAACACACCUGUGCCUCUCUACCAGCACACCUGUGCCUCUCUACCAGCACACCUGUGCCUCUCUACCAGCACACCUGUGCCUCUCUACCAGCACACCUGUGCCUCUCUACCAGCACACCUGUGCCUCUCUACCAGCACACCUGUGCCUCUCUACCAGCACACCUGUGCCUCUCUACCAGCACACCUGUGCCUCUCUACCAACACACCUGUGCCUCUCUACCAGCACACCUGUGCCUCUCUACCAGCACACCUGUGCCUCUCUACCAGCACACCUGUGCCUCUCUACCAGCACACCUGUGCCUCUCUACCAACACACCUGUGCCUCUCUACCAGCACACCUGUGCCUCUCUACCAGCACACCUGUGCCUCUCUACCAGCACACCUGUGCCUCUCUACCAGCACACCUGUGCCUCUCUACCAGCACACCUGUGCCUCUCUACCAGCACACCUGUGCCUCUCUACCAGCACACCUGUGCCUCUCUACCAGCACACCUGUGCCUCUCUACCAGCACACCUGUGCCUCUCUACCAGCACACCUGUGCCUCUCUACCAGCACACCUGUGCCUCUCUACCAGCACACCUGUGCCUCUCUACCAGCACACCUGUGCCUCUCUACCAGCACACCUGUGCCUCUCUACCAACACACCUGUGCCUCUCUACCAGCACACCUGUGCCUCUCUACCAACACACCUGUGCCUCUCUACCAGCACACCUGUGCCUCUCUACCAGCACACCUGUGCCUCUUUACCAGCACACCUGUGCCUCUCUACCAACACACCUGUGCCUCUCUACCAGCACACCUGUGCCUCUCUACCAGCACACCUGUGCCUCUCUACCAGCACACCUGUGCCUCUCUACCAGCACACCUGUGCCUCUCUACCAGCACACCUGUGCCUCUCUACCAACACACCUGUGCCUCUCUACCAACACACCUGUGCCUCUCUACCAACACACCUGUGCCUCUCUACCAACACACCUGUGCCUCUCUACCAGCACACCUGUGCCUCUCUACCAACACACCUGUGCCUCUCUACCAGCACACCUGUGCCUCUCUACCAACACACCUGUGCCUCUCUACCAGCACACCUGUGCCUCUCUACCAGCACACCUGUGCCUCUCUACCAGCACACCUGUGCCUCUCUACCAGCACACCUGUGCCUCUCUACCAGCACACCUGUGCCUCUCUACCAGCACACCUGUGCCUCUCUACCAACACACCUGUGCCUCUCUACCAGCACACCUGUGCCUCUCUACCAACACACCUGUGCCUCUCUACCAGCACACCUGUGCCUCUCUACCAGCACACCUGUGCCUCUCUACCAGCACACCUGUGCCUCUCUACCAACACACCUGUGCCUCUCUACCAACACACCUGUGCCUCUCUACCAACACACCUGUGCCUCUCUACCAACACACCUGUGCCUCUCUACCAGCACACCUGUGCCUCUCUACCAACACACCUGUGCCUCUCUACCAGCACACCUGUGCCUCUCUACCAACACACCUGUGCCUCUCUACCAGCACACCUGUGCCUCUCUACCAGCACACCUGUGCCUCUCUACCAGCACACCUGUGCCUCUCUACCAGCACACCUGUGCCUCUCUACCAGCACACCUGUGCCUCUCUACCAGCACACCUGUGCCUCUCUACCAACACACCUGUGCCUCUCUACCAGCACACCUGUGCCUCUCUACCAGCACACCUGUGCCUCUCUACCAGCACACCUGUGCCUCUCUACCAGCACACCUGUGCCUCUCUACCAGCACACCUGUGCCUCUCUACCAGCACACCUGUGCCUCUCUACCAGCACACCUGUGCCUCUCUACCAGCACACCUGUGCCUCUCUACCAGCACACCUGUGCCUCUCUACCAGCACACCUGUGCCUCUCUACCAGCACACCUGUGCCUCUCUACCAGCACACCUGUGCCUCUCUACCAGCACACCUGUGCCUCUCUACCAGCACACCUGUGCCUCUCUACCAGCACACCUGUGCCUCUCUACCAGCACACCUGUGCCUCUCUACCAACACACCUGUGCCUCUCUACCAGCACACCUGUGCCUCUCUACCAGCACACCUGUGCCUCUCUACCAGCACACCUGUGCCUCUCUACCAACACACCUGUGCCUCUCUACCAGCACACCUGUGCCUCUCUACCAACACACCUGUGCCUCUCUACCAGCACACCUGUGCCUCUCUACCAGCACACCUGUGCCUCUCUACCAGCACACCUGUGCCUCUCUACCAGCACACCUGUGCCUCUCUACCAGCACACCUGUGCCUCUCUACCAGCACACCUGUGCCUCUCUACCAACACACCUGUGCCUCUCUACCAGCACACCUGUGCCUCUCUACCAGCACACCUGUGCCUCUCUACCAGCACACCUGUGCCUCUCUACCAGCACACCUGUGCCUCUCUACCAGCACACCUGUGCCUCUCUACCAACACACCUGUGCCUCUCUACCAGCACACCUGUGCCUCUCUACCAGCACACCUGUGCCUCUCUACCAGCACACCUGUGCCUCUCUACCAGCACACCUGUGCCUCUCUACCAGCACACCUGUGCCUCUCUACCAGCACACCUGUGCCUCUCUACCAGCACACCUGUGCCUCUCUACCAGCACACCUGUGCCUCUCUACCAGCACACCUGUGCCUCUCUACCAGCACACCUGUGCCUCUCUACCAGCACACCUGUGCCUCUCUACCAGCACACCUGUGCCUCUCUACCAGCACACCUGUGCCUCUCUACCAGCACACCUGUGCCUCUCUACCAGCACACCUGUGCCUCUCUACCAGCACACCUGUGCCUCUCUACCAGCACACCUGUGCCUCUCUACCAGCACACCUGUGCCUCUCUACCAGCACACCUGUGCCUCUCUACCAGCACACCUGUGCCUCUCUACCAGCACACCUGUGCCUCUCUACCAGCACACCUGUGCCUCUCUACCAGCACACCUGUGCCUCUCUACCAGCACACCUGUGCCUCUCUACCAGCACACCUGUGCCUCUCUACCAGCACACCUGUGCCUCUCUACCAGCACACCUGUGCCUCUCUACCAGCACACCUGUGCCUCUCUACCAGCACACCUGUGCCUCUCUACCAGCACACCUGUGCCUCUCUACCAGCACACCUGUGCCUCUCUACCAGCACACCUGUGCCUCUCUACCAGCACACCUGUGCCUCUCUACCAGCACACCUGUGCCUCUCUACCAGCACACCUGUGCCUCUCUACCAGCACACCUGUGCCUCUCUACCAGCACACGUGUGCCUCUCUACCAGCACACCUGUGCCUCUCUACCAGCACACCUGUGCCUCUCUACCAGCACACCUGUGCCUCUCUACCAGCACACCUGUGCCUCUCUACCAGCACACCUGUGCCUCUCUACCAGCACACCUGUGCCUCUCUACCAGCACACCUGUGCCUCUCUACCAGCACACCUGUGCCUCUCUACCAGCACACCUGUGCCUCUCUACCAGCACACCUGUGCCUCUCUACCAGCACACCUGUGCCUCUCUACCAGCACACCUGUGCCUCUCUACCAGCACACCUGUGCCUCUCUACCAGCACACCUGUGCCUCUCUACCAGCACACCUGUGCCUCUCUACCAGCACACCUGUGCCUCUCUACCAGCACACCUGUGCCUCUCUACCAGCACACCUGUGCCUCUCUACCAGCACACCUGUGCCUCUCUACCAGCACACCUGUGCCUCUCUACCAGCACACCUGUGCCUCUCUACCAGCACACCUGUGCCUCUCUACCAGCACACCUGUGCCUCUCUACCAGCACACCUGUGCCUCUCUACCAGCACACCUGUGCCUCUCUACCAGCACACCUGUGCCUCUCUACCAGCACACCUGUGCCUCUCUACCAGCACACCUGUGCCUCUCUACCAGCACACCUGUGCCUCUCUACCAGCACACCUGUGCCUCUCUACCAGCACACCUGUGCCUCUCUACCAGCACACCUGUGCCUCUCUACCAGCACACCUGUGCCUCUCUACCAGCACACCUGUGCCUCUCUACCAGCACACCUGUGCCUCUCUACCAGCACACCUGUGCCUCUCUACCAGCACACCUGUGCCUCUCUACCAGCACACCUGUGCCUCUCUACCAGCACACCUGUGCCUCUCUACCAGCACACCUGUGCCUCUCUACCAGCACACCUGUGCCUCUCUACCAGCACACCUGUGCCUCUCUACCAGCACACCUGUGCCUCUCUACCAGCACACCUGUGCCUCUCUACCAGCACACGUGUGCCUCUCUACCAGCACACCUGUGCCUCUCUACCAGCACACCUGUGCCUCUCUACCAGCACACCUGUGCCUCUCUACCAGCACACCUGUGCCUCUCUACCAGCACACCUGUGCCUCUCUACCAGCACACCUGUGCCUCUCUACCAGCACACCUGUGCCUCUCUACCAGCACACCUGUGCCUCUCUACCAGCACACCUGUGCCUCUCUACCAGCACACCUGUGCCUCUCUACCAGCACACCUGUGCCUCUCUACCAGCACACCUGUGCCUCUCUACCAGCACACCUGUGCCUCUCUACCAGCACACCUGUGCCUCUCUACCAGCACACCUGUGCCUCUCUACCAGCACACCUGUGCCUCUCUACCAGCACACCUGUGCCUCUCUACCAGCACACCUGUGCCUCUCUACCAACACACCUGUGCCUCUCUACCAGCACACCUGUGCCUCUCUACCAACACACCUGUGCCUCUCUACCAGCACACCUGUGCCUCUCUACCAGCACACCUGUGCCUCUCUACCAACACACCUGUGCCUCUCUACCAACACACCUGUGCCUCUCUACCAGCACACCUGUGCCUCUCUACCAACACACCUGUGCCUCUCUACCAACACACCUGUGCCUCUCUACCAGCACACCUGUGCCUCUCUACCAGCACACCUGUGCCUCUCUACCAGCACACCUGUGCCUCUCUACCAGCACACCUGUGCCUCUCUACCAACACACCUGUGCCUCUCUACCAACACACCUGUGCCUCUCUACCAGCACACCUGUGCCUCUCUACCAGCACACCUGUGCCUCUCUACCAGCACACCUGUGCCUCUCUACCAGCACACCUGUGCCUCUCUACCAGCACACCUGUGCCUCUCUACCAGCACACCUGUGCCUCUCUACCAGCACACCUGUGCCUCUCUACCAGCACACCUGUGCCUCUCUACCAGCACACCUGUGCCUCUCUACCAGCACACCUGUGCCUCUCUACCAGCACACCUGUGCCUCUCUACCAGCACACCUGUGCCUCUCUACCAGCACACCUGUGCCUCUCUACCAGCACACCUGUGCCUCUCUACCAGCACACCUGUGCCUCUCUACCAGCACACCUGUGCCUCUCUACCAGCACACCUGUGCCUCUCUACCAGCACACCUGUGCCUCUCUACCAGCACACCUGUGCCUCUCUACCAGCACACCUGUGCCUCUCUACCAGCACACCUGUGCCUCUCUACCAGCACACCUGUGCCUCUCUACCAGCACACCUGUGCCUCUCUACCAGCACACCUGUGCCUCUCUACCAGCACACCUGUGCCUCUCUACCAGCACACCUGUGCCUCUCUACCAGCACACCUGUGCCUCUCUACCAGCACACCUGUGCCUCUCUACCAGCACACCUGUGCCUCUCUACCAGCACACCUGUGCCUCUCUACCAACACACCUGUGCCUCUCUACCAACACACCUGUGCCUCUCUACCAACACACCUGUGCCUCUCUACCAACACACCUGUGCCUCUCUACCAACACACCUGUGCCUCUCUACCAACACACCUGUGCCUCUCUACCAACACACCUGUGCCUCUCUACCAACACACCUGUGCCUCUCUACCAGCACACCUGUGCCUCUCUACCAGCACACCUGUGCCUCUCUACCAGCACACCUGUGCCUCUCUACCAGCACACCUGUGCCUCUCUACCAACACACCUGUGCCUCUCUACCAGCACACCUGUGCCUCUCUACCAGCACACCUGUGCCUCUCUACCAACACACCUGUGCCUCUCUACCAACACACCUGUGCCUCUCUACCAACACACCUGUGCCUCUCUACCAACACACCUGUGCCUCUCUACCAACACACCUGUGCCUCUCUACCAAGCACACCUGUGCCUCUCUACCAGCACACCUGUGCCUCUCUACCAGCACACCUGUGCCUCUCUACCAGCACACCUGUGCCUCUCUACCAGCACACCUGUGCCUCUCUACCAGCACACCUGUGCCUCUCUACCAGCACACCUGUGCCUCUCUACCAGCACACCUGUGCCUCUCUACCAGCACACCUGUGCCUCUCUACCAGCACACCUGUGCCUCUCUACCAGCACACCUGUGCCUCUCUACCAGCACACCUGUGCCUCUCUACCAGCACACCUGUGCCUCUCUACCAGCACACCUGUGCCUCUCUACCAGCACACCUGUGCCUCUCUACCAGCACACCUGUGCCUCUCUACCAGCACACCUGUUCCUCUCUACCAGCACACCUGUGCCUCUCUACCAGCACACCUGUGCCUCUCUACCAGCACACCUGUGCCUCUCUACCAGCACACCUGUGCCUCUCUACCAGCACACCUGUGCCUCUCUACCAGCACACCUGUGCCUCUCUACCAGCACACCUGUGCCUUAG